UAUUUAGCUGGAACCUAGAUACUAUGAUCACCAUGAUCACGUUAGAACGCUUCUAAUUGAUCUUAUCAGCAAUUUAUGGUAAUUUUGAUCAAGAACUGCUUCAUUACAAAUUUCGUCACCUCGACAGUGGACCGAAGUUCGAAAUAUUGAUCAUUGAUAAAUAUGCUAUCGCAGCAAUUACGAAACCUGAAAGUCAUGCCUUCGAGUCAUAUGAGAUCCUACGUUCAGUUCUACGUGGAUGCAUCGGGUGCCAACUGUAGAGGGGCUAACUAAUAUUACCAUAUGUAUAUCUUCAUUCAUGUUUUUCUAAUAAUUCUCCAAAUGAUGUUGGUUAGUAAUGAAACUCCAAUCAACUCUUAUUUCAAGAUAUGAAGUUACAGUCUAAUAAGCCUACCACUAAUUCUUUCAAGGAAUAUUGGCGUUGAUGUUGAAAUUAAUAUAUCCCUAGAGCAUUUUGGGCAAAGGUUGUAUUCACCGUUGAUUAUGAAUAAAAGGCGUUUACAAACAGUGAUCAUAUUACAAGAAGUGAAUGGACGAACAGGAACUGGAGUUAUCUUCAAUUUAGAACAGCUUAUCUUAGACCUUUGGAAAAACUUGUACGAACGUUUGGCUGAAACAUUCAGAUGUUUUUUGAACGCAUUACCAGAAUAUCUUGGAGGUGCAAAUAAAACCUGUUACCCAUAGUAACAGCAAAAAUGUUUACUUCCUAACAUUUUAUAAAACGAAGCACAUCGGUUAUAAAUAAAAAAUUUUAAACCUACUGAUAA